GCCACUUCCCCGCACUUUCCCAUUGCUUAGUUUCACAGGAAACCAUACUAUGUGAGAAUAAUGGAGUGAGAGGGAACCUGCAACAACUGCACGGGGUUCCAUUUUUGUUUGCACCACUGCUUUCGAGGAAGAUUUUGAACUAAAUAAGAACUGGGUUUUUUUUUUUUCUUGUUGGUUUAUACUGUUGUUCUCUUUAGAAGAAUAAUGAUUCAGCUUCUUUUCCUGGUUCUGUUCAUGGAGGGGAUAGUGGCAUUGCUUCUUAUGAUAAAGAUUGGGCCAUUGAGGGAGCUUACCAUGAAGGGUUUGGACCAGUUGAAGAUGGGAAGGGGCCCUGCCACUGUUAAAACGUUAGCCUGCACAAUGGCUGUGAUCAUGGCUUCGAGCAUAACCAGCAUUCUCAAGAUUCAGAAUAGGGGACUCAAGAUUGGGACUGUUACGCCUAUGGACCAGGUGCUAUGGAGAACCCACUUGCUGGAGGCUUCUCUCAUAGGCUACUCUCUGUUUCUUGCUCUGGUAAUUGAUCGAAUGCACAACUAUCUCAGCAAGCUAAGUGGGUCCAAGAAAACCCUUGGUAAUUCAAAACAGCAAGCAAAGAAAUUCCAAGAAGAGUAUGCACUCCUCAAGGAAAAGCAAGAGAAGGCUUCUGAAGAGAUAAGGGCACUCAAGGAAGAGAUAUCAAGCCUGACUGAGAGGUUGCAGAAACUGAAACUAGAAUCUGAUGAGAAGGAGAAACGAGCUCAGGCAGCAGAAGCCAAUGUUAUAGCCCUCCAAAAACAAUCUGAGGACUUGCUUCUUGAAUACGAUCGCCUUUUGGAGGACAACCAAAUUCUCCAAAGCCAGACACUAAUGGGAGCUUACAGGACUUGAAACCACUUAUUGCUCGCUUGGCGCGGUUUUAACUGCAUAUUAUCCUGGUCAGCUAUAACGCCUGGCAGCACAUUGUGCAGUAGUUUUGGAAGUCAAAGGUGAAGUCCACAUUUGACGAGAGCUGUUCAAUGUUGUAACCUGCACUAAUGUUGUUUCCUACUUGUUUUGUUUCUGUUGAAUUUGGGUUUUGGAGUGCACUGACAGAAUUUGCGACUCCUUGCUGUGCUUGUUGGAGAAUUAUGGAGUCCAUGAUGUAAAAUUCUGGCAGUGGUUCCCUACAUCUUUUGGCUGGAACUUAAGGGGACUGCAAUGGAUCUUGAUUCUCCAUUUGAAAAUUUGUCAUUUUGUGAUGGAAAAAUGCAUCCAAAGUGUUUUCUAC